AUGGCUACAACAACCGUCCAAACGAAGCAUUUGGGGCAGAUCCGGGGCAAGGUCGCCGAAGGCGUAACACAAUUCCUGGGGAUCAAAUACGCUACCCUAGAAGACAGACUUGCCGAUGCACAACUCGUGGAGAAGCGCGAUGGCGACACUCUCGAUGCGACAAAGGACGGACCAACAGCUAUCUCACCUUCGUUUGGAUGUGAUGUAGAGCUGGCCGCCAUACAGCAUAAACUGCCCGCCAAAGAGCUCACGCAGUCGGGCAUCGACUGCCUCAAUUUAAACAUCGCUGUUCCCGAGGGCACUACCGCAUCGUCGAAACUUCCGGUGUUUUUCUUUAUUCAUGGCGGAGGUCUGCAGAUUGGAGCCAAUUCAUGGCCGCAACUUGAGUUUAAGCGUUUUGUAAAACUGUCCGCUGACAAGAACUUGCCCGUUAUCGCGGUCUCGAUCAACUAUCGGCUGGGGGUGUUUGGAUUCUUGACUUCCGACGAGCUUCGAAAGGCCGGUUAUAAAGCUAACAACGGUCUUCGGGACCAAAGAGUCGCACUUGAAUGGGUGCGAAGGCACAUUGAAGAUUUUGGCGGAGAUCCAGACAAUGUUACAGCAGCUGGAGAAAGCGCUGGUGCAGCAUCGGUGACAUAUCAUCUAAAGUCGGAAGUUGCUCUCUUCAAGAGAGCCAUUGCGAUGAGUGGCAGUUACCUCUUCACUCAAGCUUUACCAAAGUGCGAGCACAGAGGAGAGGAUCCAAUCUCUGCUGGAAAAGCCAGCCCAAGAGCUGAUUGCCUCAUUGCCUCCCUCAAUUCUGGCUGCCCCCGCAGUGGACGGUUACUUGGUGGCAUCGACCGCUACACAUGCUCAAACAGCUGA